AUGACUGAAGAAGCUAAGAAAGUAGUUGAAAAAGCUGAAGAUGCUGCCCCAGAAGUUGGACAGAUGAAGAGAGGUGAUUACAUGGUUCAUGUUUUCAUUGAAUAAGCAAAGCAGUUGAAGUGUCCCGACGGUAACACUGUUGAUCCCAUCAUUGAGGUUCAACUGAUGAAUGAUAAAAAGUUCACUACAGCCAAGGACGAUAUUGGUUCAACUGGAGUAUGUAUCUGGAACGAGCACUUGUUCUUUGAGCCGAAGAAUGUCAAAGUAGAGGACAUUGAGCAGGCAAAGAUUUCAAUCAAGUUACUCGACAAGGGUUACUUUAAGGACGCCGUGAUAGGAGCGUAUGAAUUCGAUAUUGCCUACAUUUAUUUCAUGGAGAAGCACUCAUUGAUGCACAAGUGGUUAGCUUUAUCAAACCCUGCCUCACCAAACUUUAACGAAGUGACUGGCUACCUUAAGAUAAGCAUUACAAUUGCAGCAGCUGGAGAUGAAUAAGUGCAAAUAACAGAUGACCCAGGAGCUGGAGAUGAGAAUGUUAUGAUGCCACCAUCUAUUAGACCAGAAUAUUAUCAAAUCAGAUUCAAGUUGUUUGCAGCAGAAAAACUGCCAUUUAUGGACAAAGCUUUGCUCGGAAGUGGUGGUUCUAUCGAUGCUUAUAUUAUCUGCAAUUACAUGAAUUAAAAGCUAAAGACUAAAGUAAUCACUGCUAAUAACGGUGAGAGAUUCAGUUGGAACUAGGAGAUUCUAAUACCAUGCUAGUUACCAAUCAUGUCUGGUAGAAUUGUAAUGAAGUUGUUUGAUGAGGACAAAUUAUCAGAUGAGAUUGUUGGUUCAUUACUCUUUAACUUAAAGGAAUGCAUUGGACCCAAGAAUGGCAAAUUCUUCUGGAAGAAUGUGUAUGGUUCACCAUUAGGCUGCUCAGGAUAAAAUACUGAUCAUAUGAAUUAAAACCCAGAAAUCGCUAGUAGUUGGAAAGGUAGAAUGCUCAUGUAGGUUACAGCUGAGAAAACAGACAAGCCAACAUGCUUGAUUAGAGAUCUUGACAAGAAAGAUAUUGAAAAAGCAGCCCCAUACUUGUUACCUCAUGAAUUCGAAAUAAUUGCAGAGGUAGGAUAAGGAAUAGCACUUCCCAGCAAUGAUAAGUACAGUGUAAUGAUUAAGAUAGGUGAUCUAGAAAUGAAAACAGGAAACCCAGUAAUGGCUGAGAAUAGCUAUAACAGAUGGAGUCAUAGAUUCAAACAGUAAUUAUACACUGCAUCAUAUAUGGACAUCUAUGAUAUUGGAAGAGUAUACGUUUAUCUAUUAUCAGGAGACAAGCCUGUUUGCUAUUUCAAAGCUGAGAUUGAGGAAUUCAUAGACCCUAAUCCUCAGUGGAAAUGGGUUGAACUCAUAAAUGAUCUUGCAAUAGGUAAAGUUUCAGAAGCACAUAAAGCUGGUCUAGUAAGCAUCAAACUUUCAGUUCAUGACAAAACUAAGGAUGGCCCAAUCAGCUUUGACAAAUUCGAUGCAUGGAAGAAACCUCCUCCUAAAAGACUUAACGUUCUUAAGGUUAGAGCAUAUCUCUUCUAAUGCAGAGAUCUACCUGCCGCAGAUAGCGAUGGUCAGUCAGAUCCAUACAUCCACAUGUGGGACAUGACUAAAAACCAGAUUAAGACUAACAUCAUUUACGAUAACUGCAACCCUAUGUUCUUUGAAACUAAGGAACUUCUAAUUGAAACUGGAGUCAUCUAAGAUAUGCCACCAUUUGUAUUCGAUAUCUAUGAUGAAGACGUUGGCCUUGAUGCUGACGAUUUCAUAUGCAGAGCUGUAAUUCCAAUAAAGGAUUGUUCAUAUUCAGAGGACGACAUUAUCCCCAAGCCAUAAUGGCAUCCUUGCAGACUAAAGGCUGGUGCUCCAACUCAAGGAGAAAUUUUAGUUUCCUUUGCAAUUGUACUGGAUGACUUCAACUUCAAGACUCCUUUACAAUACAUGAGAUUGAGAGAUCAAGUAGACACUCCAGAAUUCUAAGUUGAUAUCAAUAUUUUAGGACUUAGAGAUCUCUAAUCAAUCGGUAUUCUUCCAGUAAAGAAAGCAUUUAUCCUGUUCAAUCUAAAGAGUUUGGUACCUCCACAAGAUGGUUCAGCGAUUGAGAAUAUCAAGACUCAACCAGGAGCACCUGGAGCUAAUCCAACAAUCAACACAUUAAUCCAAUUCAAGAUUCCACUUCCAUCAGAUCCUCUGUUUUGCCCAAGACUCGCUUGCUCAGUGCAUGAUUACAUUUUCAAGGGAUUAAGUCAGCCAAUGAUUGGAUCUUUCAUUAUACCUAUUGGUGGACUUGUUGAUAAACUCAAGAAAGAAAGAUAUGAAGAGACUGAAGCAAUUGACUAUAUCUUGUAGGAGUUAGAUAAAAUCAUGCAAGAUUAGGGUAUCCCUUCAUAUAGUAUCUAAGCCUUGCCUUAGGCUGAAUCAUUUGCAGAUACCAUUGCAAAAGACGCACUAUUAUAGCUAAAUUAAGUUAAAAAAUCAUUUAAAGUUGAUGAUGAGCUAAGAUAACCAUUACUACUUGAGGAGAGCAAAUAAGAGGAGGGAGGAAAAGAUUCAUUUGUUCAAAGAAGUCCUCAGUCAAACAGAAGAAUCACCCCUAAGCAUCUUUCUAUGUCUCAAGGUGGAAAGUCUAAGACUCCAACCAAUCCAAUGAAGCAUCAGCAAUUUGAUAAAUUUAACAGUGGUAUGAAAGGCCAGCUUAUGCAGGAAAAUGUGGAGUACUAAGAGAGACAAAAGAGAGAACUUGAGGAUAACAGAAAGAGAGAUCUUGAGUAGCUUAAGCAAACAUCAGCCAGAACUGCAGUCAAGAAUGUCAUUAUGCCUCAAUAUGAAUUAGAUACUAGACUCUCUGUAUACAGAGAGGUAGGUGCACCUCCAGAUUCCUUAUUUAUGGGACUUGGUUGGGACGAGAAUAAAGAUGCCAAAAAGAAGCAUUACAGAAGGUAUUAUCAUGAUGAACUAGAAAAUAUUAAGGAAGUAAUGCCAGUAAAAACACCAUUCGAAACAUUCGAAAUAAAGCGAGGAUAAUCAAGAGGAGCUUCAAAGGGAUGGUGGCCUUUUGGAAAUCACAAAGAAGAUGAUGCUGGACAAGUUUCUACUGAGCAGGUUGUUGGAAAGUUUAAAGGUAUAGUCACUGUAUAAACCGCUGAAGAUCAAAAGGAUUAUUAGGAGAAAAAGAAAGACUUGAUUCAUAACUUAAAAGUUAAGCUAAACUAACUUUCUCUCAAAAAGAUAGGAAAACCAGUCGAGUUAAAGCUUGAAAAGAUGGAUACAAUGGAAGGCAGAUAGAAGUUUGAAAUAGAAAUGACUGAUCUAGGUAUCGGUCACCUUAAUAUCUCAUAGCAUUUAGCCGAUCUUGAGUCUGAUGAAACCUUGAAGAGACUCCUGAUGGCUCAAACUAAAUGUAUAGUCAGAGUUUACAUGAUCAGCGCCUACGAUCUAGCCUCAAGAGAUAAUGGAAGUUUUUCAGAUCCAUAUUUAAUCGUGUCUCUUGGAAACAAAACUUACAAUGAAAGAUCUAACUAUUUGUUGGAUGAGCCCAACCCAGAGUUCCACAAAUACUAUGACUUUGAAUCUGUAUUCCCAGGUUGUCCACCAUUGGUAGUUAAUGUAAUGGACUAUGAUGAUAUCUUUGGAGACGAUUCGAUUGGUAUCACCAAUGUGGAUCUCGAAGAUAGAUUCUUCUCACCGGAUUGGUAGAGUAUUAAAAACAAGCCAAUUGAGUACAGACAAAUUUAUCAUCCUUCCUCAGCCGUUUCUUAAGGAGUUGUUAAAAUGUGGGUUGAAAUUCACCCAACUAUCAUUCCAGCAAGAGAUAUUCCGAUCUGGGAUACCGCACCAAAGCCAGCUGAAGAUUUUGAGGUGAGAGUGUGUAUUUUUGAUACUCUUGGAAUUAAGAUGAUGGAUGCUGAAGGAACUAGUGAUGUAUACAUUAGAGCAUUCUUUGACUCAAAGCAGUAAGUUAAAGAGACAGAUACUCACUAUAGAUGCCAAAAUGGAAAAGCCUCAUUUAACUACAGACUACUUUUUGACGUUAAAGUCCCAAGAAAAGAAUAUAGCUUUACCAUUCAAGCAUAUGAUAGAGAUUUCUUUAAAUCAAACGACAUUAUUGGAGAUUGCAUCAUUGACCUAAAGUAGGCAAUAGAAGAUGCUGCACUGACAAAGAGACCUUUGAGUAUUAACAAAAAGUAUCAUGACGAAGUAUUAAAGAAAGACAAAGGAAUGAAUCUUUAAUUCAAGGACGACAAUACAUUCUGGCUGCCAAUGAGAUCUAGAGACUCAGCUACUGGAAAGAUAGAAGAAAAUGGAAAGGUGAGAGUUCAAAUAGACAUCUAUCCUAAGGCUAUGGCUGAUCUAAACAAAGUUGGAGAAGCUAGAUAAGAACCAAAUGUUUCACCAUUCUUACCUCCACCCAUUGGUCGUCUUUAGUUCAGUCUAAAUCCCUGGAAAAUGUUCCAACAAUUAAUAGGACCAGCACUUCGUAGAAAAAUCUACUGCUAUUGCUGUCUUGCAGUUUGCUGUGCACUGUGCAUUAUGCUCCUUCCUCUUAUCCUAGGAAACCUCAUAUCUACAGGUUUUACUAAACUCAUAGGCUUAUGA